AUGCGCUCUGUAUCCUCCGUUCUUAUUGCUUUAGGCCUUUUGGCAACAUUCAAACCAGCUGAUGCCAUUUUCAGGCCAGGAUAUGGAGGAGGAGGUCACCGUCCACCAUCCUCUUAUCAUCAUGGCGGAGGAGAAGAAGAUUGCAAAACGUCUUCAAGUGCUCCAGCAACCACUACAGCUACUACUCCAUCAACGACAACAGUGAAACCAGCUCCAAAAUGCCCUGCUGGAUGGGAAACACUCUUCCGUGCUCCAACUGAAGCGAACGGUAAUCGUUCUCCUUACUGCAUGAAAAUACUCUUUUCGGAAACUCCAAUUUUGAUCGAGUCGGGACAAAGCAGAUGUCAGGCUGAGAACAGCAACGCAGUGAUGACAAUGAUGGAAGGUGAAGGCGAAAGAGCUUUCGUUGCAACUCAAUUGUACAAUACUCUCACCUCAUGGGGAAGAAAAUCGGGAGCCAUUGCUGUCGAUGGGGUUCGUGUUAGGAAUUGUGUUUCAAAAGAUCGUGCUGUUCUUGACGGUCCGGAUUGCGGUCCAACAAAAUCAUACGCCUUGACUAAUCAGAACACAAAUCCAAACUUCUUCUUCAAUAAUUGGGCACAGAAUGAGCCAUCAGCCAAUGCUUGGACAUAUGAUAUUGAAGAGUGCAAUCAGUUUGCCAUCGACUCGAAAAACAUCAACCGUACAGCUCGCUUCAAUGACUUUUACUGCAAGAUGGAUGUUGCUCCAAAUGACCCAACAAACACGGUCUACUGGAACUUCGGAGUUCUCUGUGGAAUGUAUCAACAGUAA